AUGUCGAUGAGAAAGCUGACGGCUGAGAUCGACAAGACGCUGAAACAAGUGGCUGUGGGAGUGGAAACCUUUGAGUUCACGUUUGAUAAAUUAGGUCAUGCCACCAAUGCUACUCAAAAGGAGAAGACCGAGAAUGAUCUCAAAGCUCAAAUUAAGAAAUUACAAAAGAUGAGAGAUCAAAUAAAAGCUUGGAUAGGUAAUGGUGAUAUAAAGGAUAAGACCGCAUUAUUGGAUAAUAGGAGGCUGAUCGAGACUCAAAUGGAACGCUUCAAAGCAUUAGAGAAAGAAAUGAAGAUGAAAGCAUUCUCGAAAGAAGGUUUAAUCGCUCAAUCAAAGCUCGAUCCAGCAGAAAAAGCGAGACGGGAUAUGAUUGAAUGGGUUGGAAACACCACCGAUGAAUUAUCUAGACAAAUCGAGUUGACAGAAGCUGAAGCUGAAUCGUUACAAGCCACAAGGAAGAAGAAAUCUGCGGGAGAUAGAUUAGGUGAACUGGAUGAGUUGAACGAAAGAAGACAAUGGCAUAUUGGAAAAUUAGAAAUAUGCCAAAGAAUGCUGGAAAAUGGUCAAUUACCUGUUGAAGAUGUUGAAUCAAUCCAAGAAGAUGUCAAAUACUUUCUGGAGGCUAAUACAGAGGAAGACUUUGAUUUCGAUCAAGGAAUUUAUGACGAACUCAACUUACAAGAAGAAGAGGAUUACAUACACGACUAUGGUCAUGUUGAUGAUUCGUCUAAUAUUGACGAGGAAGCUUCAAUUGCCGAUGUUUCAGAAAACCUCAAUCCACCACCGCCAGCAGCACCGAAAACACCUGCAAAGGAAGAAAUCGUGGUAAAAAAGACCACUCCUGCUUCAAAAGCUCCUUCCACAGACGAUACUCCGCCAAGUCCUGUGUCAGCAAAGAAGACACCUUCUAGGAAAGCUACAUUAGAAACCAAAGCGAAGACCGCUGAACCAAUACCUCAGGUACCUGCAAUUUCUAACCCCGUUCCAGUCCCGGCUACUGCGCCUGCUCCACUGGCAACACCGGCUACUGCGCCUGUACCUACACUAAAAGCUGCUCUUCCACCAAUCAGAUAUGCGGCCGCAGCGGCAGCAGCAGUAGCAGCGUCAAUAGCCUCCCCUUCGCAAGCUACUGUUCCUCCUCCUGGACCUGCACCUGAGGCUUCACCAUCUAAAGCCAAAGAACCUCUUCCUGCCCAACUAUCCGAGACUCCUCAAGAAGAAGCACCUACACCUGCCCCUGCUCAAGAUCCAAGUCCACCUAUCGAAGAGCCCAGCCCAACUCAAAUGGAAAGCCAAACAAACGGUCAUGCACUACCACCACCCCCUGGUCUUGAGUCAGCUCAAUCACCACUUCCAUCGACUCAGGCCUCCACCCAAAUACAGACUCCUGCUACAUCAUCACAGUCAGCAGCUGCUCCUCCGCCAGGAUACACACCUCAGCAUGCCGAGUCUAGUCGAGCAGCCCAACAACCUCCUCCUUCAACACAACCUCAACCACCUCAACCAGGUGUCAUGGGUAAUUUGAUGCAUAGCUUCGAAGUGGCCAAGGAGAUGUCUAAGAGAAGGACGAACGAUGUGCAUGAGCUCAACUCUGCUCUUGAUGGAAGUUACACCAAUGUUCCUCAACAAUUAGAUGCUGAGCCACCACGUUAUUACCAUCCAAAGAACCCAAUCAAGGCACCGUCAUAUUACCCCCAAAGCAGAUUACCUAUACUAGAAGAUAAAUCGAUAUAUUCAAGAUUAGACCUCGAUCAAUUAUUCUACAUUUUCUACUACAUGACUGGAACAUAUGAACAAUGGUUAGCAGCAAGAGAGUUGAAACGACAAUCUUGGAGAUUUCAUAAGCAGUAUUUAACUUGGUUCCAAAGAGCACAUAACCCACAAGCAAUAACGGAAGAUUACGAACAAGGUGGUUAUUAUUAUUUCGAUUGGGAAAAUAGCUGGUGUCAAAGAAGAAAGAGCGACUUCAGGUUUGAGUAUCGAUGGUUAUCAGAUCAUUAG